UUCCUCACCACCUCACAGGCCUGCACCCAGGAGCCCUCCCAGGCCAACUCCUGCCACAGCUCCCUGUUUCCCUGCUUGUUUGGGGCAGGUGCAGGGACACGGAAACUGCCAGGAUCGGCUUGGCUCGCAGCGAAGGCUGGUGACGUCCUCCGAAGGGCUGUCGAUCUCAAAGCCUCACUUUUGACCAUGUGGAGUUUGCCAGCUGCCGUCCAGCUCACCUUUGAUGCCAACCCACUUACCACCAUCCAAAAACUGCUGGCCAGACCCACCAUUGCAAUCAGCCAGGACACUGCCACGGAACAGAGGGAAAACCUGACCUUCUGCUGUAGCACCCAGGAUGCUGACGUUACCAUCCACUGGGUCUUCAACGAUCUCCCCCUGGUGUUCCAUGAGCGCAUGCAGCUGUCCACAGAUGGCAAGACCCUCACCAUCCUCACUGUACAGCGGGAAGACUCUGGGACUUACAAAUGUGAAGCCCAGGCUUUCCACCAGGUCCGGAGCAGUGCUCCCACCUUCCUGACUGUGAACUAUGGUCCUGACCCCUUUGAAAUCAAGUUGGAGUCUGGUGUAUCCAGAGGGGAGGUGGUUGAAGUGAUAGAGGGCUCCACUGUGACCUUCUCUGUGGAAACACAGUCCCAUCCUCCCCCUGCCUAUACCUGGUUUCUCCCCUAUGACUCCAUCCCACCUCCCACCAUGAGUUCGUUCACCAUCCAAGCUGUGUCCCGGGAACAUGAAGGCACGUACAGGUGCUUGGUAUCCAACGGUGCUACCCACCUGCUUCGCCUGGGCGCUCUUACAGUUCGAGUCCUUGAAACGUUGACCAAGCCUCACAUUGUGCCCCCAAGCCUGAAUCUCGUGGAAAAUGCCAGCUCCGUGGCCCUGACCUGCCAGACCCCCCAUGAGGGGGCUGGAGUGUGGCUCCUGAGGGGCCAGGCUCUCCUGCCCAGCGAUCACCUGGUGCUGUCGGCUGACAACAGGAGCCUGGUCAUCCACGGCCUCCGGAGGGACGACACAGGGCCCUAUGAGUGUGAGGUCUGGAACUGGGGCAGCCGGGCACGAAGCGAGCCCUUCAGGCUCACCAUGAGCUACGGCCCUGACCGAGUGGACAUCACCAGCGGGUCUGCGCCCGGGGUGGUCGGCACCGUGGAGGUCGAGCUCAACUCCAGCCUGACCCUGCGGUGCCGGGCGGAGUCCCAGCCGGGCGCUGAGUUUCGCUGGACCCUUGAACAGUCCACCGCUAUGCAUGCGGGGCAGGUGCUGAUCAUCCGGGCCCUGACCUGGGAGCACCAGGGGAUCUACGGCUGCACGGCCUCCAACCCGCUGACCCAGCUGGCCCGCUCUGCCUCGGUCCGGGUCAGAGUGGUAGGUCCCCAGUCAUCCCUGUCUGCAGGAGCCAUUGGUGGCAUUGCUAUCGGGAUCCUGGCUCUCAUUGCCCUGUCCGCAGGGCUGGGCUGUUUCCUCUGCAUCAGAAAUGCCAGACGGUAAAGCUGGGAAUGGGGUAGGAGGUGUGGCCUGCAGGGGGCCUGCCUGGCAGAAGUGUGGCUGACCGUGGUGCUGAGCUGUGUCUGUAGCAACUGGGGAACUCGGGGGGGUUUGGGACAUUGCCCAAGAAUGGACGUGGGAUAUGGGUAGGGCCUGUGAAGAUGGCAAGGACUGGAGGCACACGAGAAUGAGGGAUUUGGGGUUUCAGGUUCUCAAGGGAAAAAGCAGAGGACUCCAUCCAGGAGGCAGCAACACCCACCUCCGAGGAGGAGCCCCAUGCAGAGUCCUGUUCCAAUUGGCUGAGCCCCAUGUAUGCCAAUUUACCCAAACCUCAAGGACAGGUUGGAGUCAAAAAGAUGCUGCCACCAGAUCCCCCAGAGCAGUUUUAUGAGAAGGAGCCACCAUCAGUAACCCCCGGGAAUGAUUCUCAUGGCCCCAGGAAACCAUCGCCCGAAGUUACAUUGGAUCCAUUGGUCCCCACUCUACCGAAAGGAAACGCAGAAUCACACUAUGAGGUGCUUGUGAAUCCAGAACGCAACAUCUACGGCCAAAUCAACCCCUCAGUCUAAUGGAGGGAGAUUUCCCUCCUCCAGAAAUCCUAGAGAAAUCACGCUCAAUCACAUAUUAAUGAAAUUUAUUGGGUGCUUGUUUUAUUCCAGCCAUUG